GACACAGUCAGAGCACUGAGAGAUAUCAGGUAUUGAUGUAACUGGAGUGAAUAAGGGAACCUUCUUCCUGAGCACAGACAUUGGAGCCUGUUAUCAGCAUGAACUCAUAUGUGUUAGACAAUCACUUGAAUAGUUCAUACCCAUCCUUCACUACAGGAAGCAUCAGAAUGAUACCGCAAACUCCAAAAGUCUUAGACACUAAUGACUAUUCACAAACAUUGGGGAAAUCACAGCAGAUAUUUAAAGGAGAUGGAGAACUAGCAGGAACUGGGCAGCAAUCAUUAUGUACAGAGAGUAAUUUAGUCAUCAAACAAGAGGACAACAUUUAUGACUUAUCUAGUGAAAUGAUUAUCCCAGACGAUAAACCACACACAUUUACUGAGCUUUCAAAACAUUUAAAAGAAGGGGAAAGUCUUAAGUCUAGCCAAAUGAUUCAUACAAAUAAGAAACCUUUCAAAUGUACAGAAUGUGAGAAAAGCUUCACAUGUAAUUUGCAUCUCCUUGAACACCACACACUUCACACAGCUGUGAAACCUCACCUGUGUACAGAAUGUGGGAGAUGUUUCACAUCUAAAGGAAACCUUAAGUAUCACAAAAAGACCCACACAGGAGAGAAACCUUUUACUUGUAAUGAGUGUGGGAGAUGUUUCACAUCCAAGGGAAAUCUCAUAACUCAUGAAAAGACCCACACAGGGGAAAAGCCUUUCACAUGUACAGAGUGUGGAAAAAGUUUUACACAAAAGAGUGAUCUGAAAAGUCAUGAAAGGAUUCACACAGGAGAAAAACCUUUCACAUGUACAGAGUGUGGAAAAAGUUUUACAUAUAAAAAUAAUCUGAAAACUCAUGAAAGGAGUCACACAGGAAAAAAGCCUUUCACAUGUACAGAGUGUGGAAAAGGUUUUACACAUAAGGGUAAUCUGAAAACUCAUGAAAGGAGUCACACAGGAGAAAAGCCUUUCAAAUGUACAGAGUGUGGAAAAGGUUUUACACAAAUAAAUAGUCUGAAAACUCAUGAAAGGAUUCACACAGGAGAAAAGCCUUUCAAAUGUACAGAGUGUGGAAAAGGUUUUACACAAAUAAAUAGUCUGAAAACUCAUGAAAGGAGUCACACAGGAGAAAAGCCUUUCACAUGUACAGAGUGUGGAAAAGGUUUUACACAAAUAAAUGAUCUAAAAACUCAUGAAAGGAGUCACACAGGGGAGAAACCUUUCAAAUGCACAGAGUGUGGGAAAUGUUUUACACAAAAGAGUCAUCUGAAAAGUCAUGAAAGGAUUCACACAGGGGAAAAGCCUUUCACAUGUACAGAGUGUGGAAAAUGUUGUACACAUAAGAGUAAUCUGAGAAAACAUGAAAGGAUUCACCACUUGAAUAGUUCAUACCCAUCCUUCACUACAGGAAGCAUCAGAAUGAUACCACAAACUCCAAAAGUCUUAGAAACUAAUGACUAUUCACAAACAUUGGGGAAAUCACAGCAGAUAUUUAAAGGAGAUGGAGAAUUGGCAGGAACUGGGCAGCAAUCAUUAUGUACAGAGAGUAAUUUAGUCAUCAAACAAGAGGACAACAUUUAUGACUUAUCUAGUGAAAUGAUUAUCCCAGAGGAUAAACCACACACAUUUACUGAGUUUUCAAAACAUUUAAAAAAAGAGGGCAGUCUUAAGUCUAGCCAAAUCGUUCAUACAAAUAAGAAACCUUUCAAAUGUACAGAAUGUAAGAAAAGAUUCACAUCUAAUUUGCAUUUCCUUGAACACCACACAGUUCACACAGUUGUUAAAACUCACACGUGUACAGAAUGUGGGAGAUGUUUCACAUCUAAAGGAAGCCUUAUGUAUCACAAAAAGACCCACACAGGGGAGAAACCUUUCACAUGUAAUGAAUGUGGGAGAUGUUUUACAUCCAAGGGAAAUCUCAUAUCUCAUGAAAAGACCCACACAGGGGAGAAACCUUUCACAUGUAAUGAGUGUGGGAGAUGUUUCACAUCCAAGGGAAAUCUCAUAUCUCAUGAAAAGACCCACACAGGGGAGAAACCUUUCACGUGUACAGAGUGUGGAAAAAGAUUUACACAAAUAAGUAAUUUGAGAAAACAUGAAAGGAGUCACACGGGAGAAAAGCCUUUCACAUGUACAGAGUGUGGAAAAUGUUUUACAUAUAUGAGUAAUCUGAAAACUCAUGAAAGGAGUCACACAGGAAAAAAGCUUUUCACAUGUACAGAGUGUGGAAAAAGUUUUACAUAUAUGAGUAAAUUGAAAACCCAUGAAAGGAGUCACACAGGAGAAAAGCAUUUCAAAUGUACAGAGUGUGGAAAAGGUUUUACACAAAUGAGUCAUCUGAAAACUCAUGAAAGAAUUCACACAGGAGAAAAGCCUUUCAAAUGUACAGAGUGUGGAAAAAGUUUUACACAUAAGAGUUAUCUGAAAACUCAUGAAAGGAUUCACACAGGAGAAAAGCCUUUUAAAUGUACAGAGUGUGGAAAAGGUUUUACACAAAUAAAUGAUCUAAGAACUCAUGAAAGGAUUCACACAGGAGAAAAGCCUUUCACAUGUACAGAAUGUGGAAAAAGUUUUCCACAAAAGAGUUAUCUGAAAACUCAUGAAAGGAGUCACACAGGGGAAAAGCCUUUCACAUGUACAGAGUGUGGGAAAUGUUUUACACAAAAGAGUUAUCUGAAAACUCAUGAAAGGAUUCACACAGGGGAAAAGCCUUUCACAUGUACAGAGUGUGGAAAAUGUUGUACACAUAAGAGUAAUCUGAGAAAACAUGAAAGGAUUCACAAGGGAAGAAAACUUUCACAUGUUUAGAAAGUGGAAAAAAGGUUUUUAUUGUAAUCAGGUAUCACAAAACACCAAAUAUUUACACACAAAUAAACUUUAUAUACACAGUGUACAAACCUUUUUACAAUUAUCCUAAAGAGGACACACUCUCUAAAUAGAAGCAUCAAAAAGGAUCCUAUUGUAAAUAAUACUUUCUAAUUCCAGUUAUAAAAUCCCCAGAUUGGAAGUGCUCUCCUGCUGUCCUUUGUUCCUCUAUAUAUGUGCACCUCAUUUUCUCUCAUAUCAAUGUGAUAAAAUCCAAACAAAACACAGGAACAUACAGAUCUGUCCUCAUACUGACCAGUUUAAACAACCAUUCAGCACAAAAUCACCCCCAGUGUUGUUUAUUAAUAUGCCAGUGUUAGGAGUUGUACGUUUGAUUUACAAAUGAGAGGAAAUAAUUAUAUUUACAGAAUAAAGGAGUCUUUAUAUAAAUAGAGUGUUAGAGAAUUAUAUAAACAAGAACAUCAGUCUCAAAUGAUUGACAUCUGGGAGAUAUAUUUAAUGUGCACAUCAUGUGGAUAAACCUUUUCCUAUAGCAAUAGAUGCUUAGCAUUGUACAUGUUAUAUACCAGAGGAACUACUGAUGGGAAACUGAUUUUAUUUAAUGAGACACAAUAUCAGUAACCGGUACAUAUGUGAUCAUAAUCAGUUUAAUUUAAAUGGCUACUAUAACCUACAUGUAUACUGGGUAUGUAAUAUGUGUGUCAUGUGAUCAUAAUCAGUUUAAUUUAAAUGGCUACUAUAACCUACAUGUAUACUGGGUAUGUCAUAUGUGUGUCAUGUGAUUAUAAUCAGUUUAAUUUAAAUGGC